UGGGUAGUUGGCGUAGUUGUAGUUGCUCUAGCUCGGGAUAGUUUUUGUGCAAAAUUCAGGAUAUUUCACAGAAAAAUGUCUACUGUCGAAGAAUUACAGAAGAAAGUGCAAGAGUUGGAGGCCAAACUAGCGGCCGUCCAAGGAAGCGCGGGCCCAGUGCGGCAGAAAAUUGACGUUAUGUCGUCCGAAGUUGUGGACUCUAAUCCUUACAGUCGUCUCAUGGCACUAAAGAGGAUGGGUAUAGUGGACAACUAUGAGAAGAUCCGAGAGAUGUCAGUGGCAGUAGUGGGAGUCGGUGGUGUCGGCAGUGUCACUGCGGAGAUGCUCACCCGUUGUGGUAUUGGGAAGCUAAUCCUCUUCGACUAUGACAAGGUUGAGCUGGCGAACAUGAACCGCCUCUUCUUCCAACCGCACCAGGCCGGGCUCAGCAAGGUGGCUGCGGCCGCCGCUACACUGCAGAACAUAAACCCUGACGUUGCCAUUGAUGCAUACAACUAUAAUAUCACAACGGUGGAUAAUUUUCAGAAGUUCUGCGAUGCCAUUAGCACUGGGAGCUUAACUGGCGGCUCAGUGGACCUGGUGCUCAGCUGCGUGGACAACUUCGAGGCCCGAAUGGCCAUCAAUACCGCCUGCAAUGAGCUCAACCAGAAAUGGUUUGAGAGCGGAGUCAGUGAGAAUGCUGUAUCGGGGCAUAUACAGUUCAUUGUACCCGGAGUGACCGCCUGUUUUGCUUGUGCACCCCCUCUGGUGGUGGCGUCUAAAAUCGACGAGCGUACACUAAAACGGGAGGGUGUGUGUGCGGCCAGUCUACCUACUACUAUGGGCAUCGUCGCCGGUUUCCUUGUACAAAACACACUGAAGCAGCUGCUAGGAUUUGGAACAGUCAGCCACUACCUGGGCUACAGCGCGCUUACUGACUUCUUCCCUAUGAUGAGCUUAAAGCCGAACACACAAUGCGAUGACAACCACUGCCGCACGCGACAGGUGGAGGCGCGCGCGCGGCCGCAGGUAGAGGUCGCCACCGAGGUCAAGGAAGACGCAGGACCACUCCAUGCUGACAACGAGUGGGGAAUCAGAUUGGUGGAUGAAAACUGUCCCGAAGAAGAAGAUACUUCCAAUUUGAAAUUAGUUGAUGGUGUUCAGGUAGCGUACAGCAUCCCGGUGGACAACAGUACUCCUGAGUCCAGCACGGGCGGCGCCGUGGCCGCCUCCGAGCUCUCUCUAGAAGAUCUCAUGCAGCAAAUGAAGUCCAUCUAAACCCGUUCUAGAUCGGAUGAUGUGUGACAAGCCGCAACAAACAAGCUAUCACUCGGACGCCACGUUACCGGUAGUGUCAAAACUGAAAUUGAACUUUAUGCAUGUGUACGAAGGUCUAUGUUGCUCUGUGGUCUUUGACCGAUUAAUCAGUCUUUGGCGUUAGACCUGCGGUGCCGAUAUAUCUGUCAUUAGCUUCCAAAUGGUUAAGGGCCAUCUAUCUUCUCUCUCUUAUCUAUUUUAGGCGCCAUCUAUGAUUAGCUUUUCAUAUUAAAUUAUAAAACGUAAUUUAAUCGCGUAUAAUUAAGUUAAAAAAAACUAUUCAUCAUCUUCCUCGAGUUAUCCCGGCAUUUUGCCACGGCUCGUUGGAGCCUGGGGUCCGCUUGGCAACUAAUCCCAAGAAUUUGCGUAGGCACUAGUUUUACGCAAGCGACUGCCAUCUGACCUUCCAAUCCAGAGGGUAAACUACACCUUAUUGGGAUUAGUCCGGUUUCCUCACGAUGUUUUCCUUCACCGAAAUGCGACUGGUAAAUAUCAAAUGAUAUUUCGUACAUAAGUUCCGAAAAACUCAUUGGUACGAGCCGGGGUUUGAACACGCGACGUCUGGAUUAUAAGUCGCACGCUCUUACCGCUAGGCCACCAGCGCGCAACGCUUUAAAAAAUCUAGUAUUAAAAGAAUAUCGACAGUCGAUAAAUCGAAUAUCGUUAGUGUUGUGUGUCGACAGAGUAACAUCCCUAGUGCAAACGUUCAAGCUGAUAAACAAGACCAAGUGCGGGUAGUUCGAAAAACUCGCUCGGCUAGAAGAUGUUGAUCUCAACUUUAGCCAGUCUUCUCCGAGACCACGGGGACAACGCCGUGCUCGAAACGUCGAAGGUAAAUCUUAAAACUUAAUUAUACGCGAUUAAGUUCCGUUUUAUAAUUUAAUAAUCUCUAAAAAUCGUGAAAGUUUAAAUUAGUGUUAGUUUUAUAUAUUCAUAAAAACAUAUUGCUUUUAAAAAUGAUAAUGAUACGAAUUAACGGUGCUUUUGGCAGAAAAAUAAGUAUUUCCAUGAUACUAAUGAUGAAUGUUAUUUUUCAUUUCUCAUGCUCUGAAAGAGGGUCAUUGUUGUUCUAAAAGGUGUGCAGAAAAUGAUACGUGUCUGCACUAGAGCAUUUUACGUUCCAAGUACGAUUUUUUCUAUUUUUUCACAAUAAGCAAUUGAAAUUUUGGGUUUAAAUGAAUUAGUUAUAAAAUUUCCAUUCUGAUAUAAAUAUCCAUAUUCCAUAAAUAACGAUACUUUUGCCUAAAUUGUUAUUUGAAAGUACCCUCAAGAAAUACUAUAAAAAUGUAUACUUAGUCAUGUUUUUAAAAUAACACAUGCAUUUUACUUACCUCGUAUUCGAAAUGAAAAGUAGAGUGUUUAACUCGGGAGAAAGGCAUCAUUUCAGCCUCGGACUAUUGGCGCUCUCACUGCGUUCGAGCGCCAAACAACCUCGGCAGAAAUGAGUGCCUUUCAUCCCUUGGUUAACAAUCUACUAUAAAAUAUAGUAUAACGCAUUCCAGAGUUGAAAUUCGCUAGUGAGCAAUAUAAACAGAUCAUUUUAUAUGAAUUUUCCGCACAAAUGACCCAUUUGGAUUAUUUGCUCUCAAGUGUAUUUGUCUAAUUAUUAAUGUGCUAUUGUAUUAUUGUAUAAUGUAAGGUACAUAAGUGUGAUUAUUAUUAUUUUAUUUUGGAGAUUUUAUAAUAAUAUUGUUAUUAGUUGCUAAGCUACGAGAAAUAUCAAUGUUUAUAAGCAUAUUUUAUUAUUAAAUGUCUUCGGCGAGA